AUGCUGUCCGAGCUGGAAAUAUUUGCUGAUGCCCGGGACAACAAGCUAGAGGCAAUAACCGAGUUGGAGAUAGAAGAUCACAUGCAGCCCAAUCUCUUUGACGAGGUUGUAGUUAUUACUAGUAAUGAUGGGAACCAAGACUUGUUGAGCCUGAUCAAGCCGAGUAAAGGGCCUCUCACCAACUGGUAUACCGAGGAGGAGCGCGCUGCUGAGAAAACCCUUCCCGAGCCAAGCCUAGAGUCUAGACCUGAUGCCAAGUCCUGUCUGGACCUGAUGCCAAGUCCUGUACUGAGUCUGAAUCUGACCUUGAGUCUGAAAUCAAGUCAGAAUCCAGUUCCAAGUCUUUUGGAACAGAUCAUUGAAUGCUUGAAGAAGUUUGCCGAUUGCUUCAUGUGGAAGGCUAGUGACAUCACGGGGAUUGACCCAGCAAUAACAGUACAUAAGAUUCUAGUGUACCCCGAGGCUAAGCCGGUAAAACAGAAGCUAAGGAGGCUGAAAACAGAAUUGUCCUUGAAAAUCAAGGAGGAAGUAGCUAAGCAAUUGGAAAACAAGUUCAUGGAGCCCAUUGCCUACCCAACAUGGUUAGCAAACAUAGUGCCGGUUCCUAAGAAGGAUGGAAAGGUGCGAAUGUGUGUCGAUUACCGGGAUCUGAAUAAAGCAUGUCCGAAGGAUGAUUUUCCUUUGCCUCAUAUUGACUUGUUGGUUGACCGAAUGGCUGGACACGAUGGACCGAAUGGCUGGACCAAGAGAUGGCUCGCUUGA